AUUAAUUCCAAUGACGGAUAAGUCUCUUCAAUUAAAAGCUAUUCAUGUGUUUUUCUUAAGAGAUAAUCACACAAAUGAUUUCUGAAUUUUGAUUCAAUAUGAAAUGUGAUCCAUGAACUUUUAAAGAAAAGUUUAAUCAAUUAACGCUCAAACAAACUUACUCGUCCCCAUUCACCUACAACAUCCAUCUCCAAAUGUCAAAAAUGCCCUCAACACCAAUUAUCAAAUUAUCACCACCAUCCAUACAACAGAAACAGAAGCGCUCAUCCAACGUAAGGGCACUUGCGUAAUAAUAUUGCAAGACGGGGACUACUUACAACGGCAUCGAACAUCCUUCACUCCCUCCGUCUCUUUCCUUUUCCUUUGUAUCCAUUAUAAGGUACUGCACUGCACUGCUCUCUCUCUCUCUCUCUCUCUGCGCAGAGCUCUCAUUCUUCAAUCCUCACGCAUUCACGUACUCCCUCAGCCUUUUCCACUCUCUCGCUCUUCGCUCCGCUGGAAACAUGGCGGUUUCCGGCGAACACCGACCUCUCAACGGCUCUCUCCCUCACGAGCUCACCUCCAAGACUCCCUUCCCCAGCCUCAUGCUCUACAUCCUCAUCGGAAUCCUCAGCCUCUCCGCUCUCUCCAUCGCUCUCCUCAUAUACCUCCACGUCCGUCUCAGCCGGACCUCGAAGAAGCGCAGAACGCUAGCAAAAGAAACGAAUUUGCGGGCAUCAUCCGGGCCUUCCUACGAGGUUUUUCUAAGUUUUCGAGGACUAGACGCCCAUCAUGGAUUCACCGAUUGUCUUUACCGUAACAUGGUUGAGGCCGGGAUCCUUGUCUUUAGGGGCAGUGAAUCCCUCCAUGUCGGUAAAAGAAUUGGCAAUGAACUUGAACAAGCAAUCGAGAACUCCAAGAUUUACAUUCCCAUAUUCUCCAAGAAUUACGCUGCGAGUCACUGGUGCCUCGAAGAGCUCGCAUACAUGGUUGAUUGCAAAUCCAAAUCGAAUGGGAACAAAGAGAUUUUGCCCAUUUUCUUGGAUGUGGAACCUGACGAUGUCAAGCUCAAAACAAAAUUAUACAGCAAAGCUCUUUCAAAGCAUCGGAAAAGGUUCUGCACUGAAGCAGUAGAAUCAUGGGAAAAGGCUCUCAUUGAGGUAGACGAGAUAAAGGGAUGGAACUGGAAGAAAGACCAUGGCCAAGGAGAUCUUAUCCAUUCGGUAAUUCGAACGGUUUCAAUUAAGCUGAAGGUUGCAUAUGAAAAUGUGACUAAGCAUUUAGUCGGAGUUGAUGAUCGUGUAGAAGCUAUAAUGAAAAAGUUGGAUGUGGGAUCUGAUGGUGUACAAUUUCUCAAAAUCCACGGAAUGGGCGGUGUUGGCAAAACAACCCUUGCUAAGGUCGUCUUCAACAAACUAUCUUCUAGCUUUGACCGAUGUUGUUUCCUUGCAGACGUUUGCGAAUCAUCAAAAGGCAAUGAUGGUCCGCUAAAUUUGCAAAAACAAUUGUUAUUGAAGCUCCUUGGUUCUCAUUCUAUCGACAAAAUUUAUCACGUGAAUGAUGGGAUCAACAUGCUUGAUAGAGGAGUACUUAGAGACAAAAAAGUACUCAUUAUUCUUGAUGACGUGGACGAGAAAGAGCAACUGAAAAGUCUUGUAGAUGAAGUUGAUUGGUUUGGUUCUGGUAGUAAGAUUAUCAUAACUACUAGGGACAAGAGAGUCCUAACCGAAGGCCCAAAUGUUUCGACUUACGAAGCACGUGAAAUGAAAUUUAAUCAUGCUCUUAAACUUUUCAGUAGGCAUGCCUUUAGAAGAGACUAUCCACCAAAUCAUCUUGUCUCCCUUUCCGAAAAAAUUGUCCGUACUUUGGGAAAACUUCCUUUAGCUCUUGAGAUUACAGGUUCGUCCCUUACAGGUAAAUCCGAAGAAUUAUGGAUCUCCACAUGGAAGAAGCUACAAGGAGCUCCUCCCAAUGAUGUCCAAAAGAAAUUGAUGAUAUCUUAUGAAAGGUUGGAUCUUGCAGAAAGAGAAAUAUUUCUGGAUAUAGCUUGUUUUUUUGUUAAUGAGGAUAGAACAUACCCUUUCUAUAUGUGGGAUGACCGUAAAUACCACCCACACAUUGCCAUUGAUGUCCUCGUUCUCAUGUCCUUGAUAAAAAUCAAAGACAACAAUACUUUCUGGAUGCAUGACCAAGUGCGGGACCUCGGAAGGGAAAUCGUUCAUCAAGAGAAUUUCAAACAUCUUAGCGAGCGUAGCAGAGUGUGGAAAUGCGAGGAAGCGCUGAGCAUUCUGAAGCAGAAAGAGAGAAAUAGGAACAUAGAAGCAUUGUCAGUACAAAUUCGUGGAACAUAUUCCUUUGGUCGAGAGAUUUUGACGCCCGAUGGAUUUGCUAAUUUACAAAACUUGAGGUUCUUUCGGGGGGGUGCUGUGUCCAUUGUUGGAGACUUCAAUAAUCUUCUCUCCAAUUUAAGAUGGCUUUCUUGGAAUUCUUGGCAUUGCAGCAAUUCCAAGUUUGAGACGACAAACUUUCAUCCGAUUAAUUUAGUCGUUCUUAACCUUUCAUCCAGCGGUAUUUCGGAGGAAUGGAUUGGCUGGGACCAAAUCAAAGAGGCCAGAAAACUAAAAGUACUAAAUCUUAGCUACUGCAAAUCCUUAAAGAGAACACCUGAUUUAUCUACGUGGGUGUCCUUGGAGAGAUUGGUUUUUGAAGGCUGUUCCAACUUAAUUGAAAUUAACCCAUCCAUUGGUAAAUUAAAGCUCCUAACUUCUUUGAACUUGAGGGGAUGUCAAUCUCUUCGAGAGUUGCCUAAAGAAAUAGGAUGUCUACAAGCUUUGAUAGAGAUUGUCAUGCCUAAAACGCUACAUGAACUUCCGGAGACGUUUGGUAAUUUGCAGUCACUGUUGACCUUAGUUGUAUCAUGGAGGCAGAUCAACAAAUUGCCAUACUCAAUUGGAGGGCUGGUGAAACUUAUGCGGUUGAAUUUAUCUAGGUGUAUAUACAUAGAAGAACUUCCAGAUUCGAUUGGGAAAUUACAAUCAUUAGUUGAGUUGGAUUUGUCACGGACGAGAAUUUGUCACCUACCCGAUUCAAUCGGCAAUCUAAAGCAACUGAAGGUACUAAGGAUGAGAGGCAUAAGAAGGUUAACAAAAUUGCCAAGUGCGAUUGGGUUGGUGGAGAAGCUCGAAGAGUUGGAUGCUCACGGAUGUCGCAACUUGACCGGCGAAAUCCCCGAAGAAAUUGGGAGACUGUCCUGUUUGAGGAUCCUAAACUUGUCAAACACAUGUAUAUCCGGAUUACCCACCACGCUGAAGUAAUGGAGUCUUUACAUAUUCCCAAGGGUUUGAGACGGGUGUUGUUCAGAACCCUACAUACUGCCAGACGGCUUAUGUACGAAAAAGAGUUCGACACGAGCCAUGUGGGAUUCAUCAGAGAUGGAGCAAAAUGGUUGUUAGAGAACACAGAAAUUAAACUUGGGGAGUAGGAGUUAUCAAAAGUGCCAAGUGAGAAAGGCAUUGCACGCAAUUUCUCCUCAGAACUCAGAUUUACUUUGAUGGGGCAUGUUUUGCAGAGAAUGUAGAACUUUAGUGAUCAUUUGAAUAUGUUUGGCUUGGUCUUACUAGUCAUUUCCUGAUUCACAUUACCCUUUUACUAUAACGAUACCCGAGGAUAGUGUUGCUCAAAGUCUUAUACAGGCUAACUUUUUCUGCACCAUCAACAGGAGCACUUGGCACCCGCUGGUUACGUGAAGAUAUAACGGACCUUGCUAUAUCUAAGAGGCUGUAGAUUUCUCCCAAAAUUAAACAAUGCACUUGUGGAUGACACAAACUCAGCCUACAAGGAAAGAUUUGCUAGCUUGCAGAACCUAGUCCUUAUUAUGGUUAGUUUUGUAUAUGUUGUUGAUUUUGGACUCGACUUUCGCAGCUUUGUGAUGCUAACUCUUUUUAUUUCCCUCUAGUUUGAGCAAGACACUGUGCUGAUACCAAAGGAAACAUCUUGGUUCGGAUACUAUCCAGAUGGAACUUUUGAUACUGGUUUGCCUCCCCAGGAGACCGAGCUUUACACCAAGGUUUGGAUUGGAUUGACGACCUUGAUAGCUAGGAAAGUCAAAUUCAUCGACGUCUCUAGGAACCAUCUCCUGAUCUCUCUCGCCGACAUGCAAAACUAUAUAGUUCCUUACUCGGUGCAUGAUGCAUCUUUAGCAAAGAACAUGGCAACAGGAAUGGCUUCUUGUAGUUGGAGCCCAUGGGUUCAGGGUUUGUAUCGAAGAAUGGUUACGCUAUCCGAGGAUUGGCUGGUACUCCUCUUGGUAGUUACCUUUAGCUUCUGCUUAAAAAUUUAAGAUGUGACAUACAAUGUGAUUUGAGAGAUCAAUUCAGGCAGAAACUGAGGCAGUCAGUGCAGAUGAACUGCAAAAUAGAUUUCGAUUUACAUGUGACCUAGAGAUAAAGCAGUUAGGACUUGAUCAUUUGCAAAAUGUGCACAAUGUAACUGGGCUCUUACACCUACCGUAUGAGUUAACCAUUUUCACUAUGGCAUAUACUCUAUCAACAAA